AUGUUCAACUCGAUAUUCUCGCUAUCAUUCCUGAUGGUGUUCCUCCUGCCCUUCAUGUUCAACUGGACCACCAACCUCAGCGCCGCCUUUUUCUGGCUAACAUGGACAACCUUCGUGUUCUCAUUUUCCCCGACUCGAGUUGAGAUACUCGGCACCGUAAUUGUGCGCGUCAUCUUUUUCGCCCUGCCUUCUACCGUCAUGUUCCUCUUCGACAUGUUCAUGCCAGCCGCGGCGUCGGUGUUCAAGAGGAGAGGCGUCGAGGGUCUGCCUGGCGGUAGGAAGACACUCAAUCUCCGACGGAGGGAAUUCAAGGUCGCCGGGUGGUCAUUACUCAAUCUUGCUAUUAGCAUCGUUUUGCAAGGCACGCUAGAGCUAUUCUUCCGCCACACUCUUGGCCGGAAAACUAUGCUCAAGGUUUCAUCAAUUCUGCCUUUCCCGGGAACAUGGGCCAAGCACCUCUUACUUGGGCUAGCUCUUCGUGGGGUAAGUGAAAUUGAAAUUGAAGUUGAAAUUAAAGCAGCAGAAUUCUUCCUCAAGCUUUAUACUGAAAAUCAACCUCAACCCCAAAUCAACCUUACUGAUGUUCCCGCUUCUAUAGCUCCUGUCAUAUCUGCUGCACCGCUUCGCCCUCCACAACGAAAGGUCUCCGUUCAUCUCCUGGAGGCACGGAACCUGGCACCACUGCCUCAGGGUUCCAUACCCGCUCACAGCGCACUACGACCACCCCCUCCCUACCUGAUUCACAAGUUCAUUCCGAUGUAUCUCCCCCCCGCGUUAUUCCGCUUCCACGCACUUGUUUUCUUCGUCUAUCUGGCGAUCAUCUCGAUCGAGGAACUAUUCUCCCAUUGCGGGUAUAGAUUAUUUUACCCGAUUCCUGGGUUGGGGGGCAUUGGUGCUCGCGUCGAGAGGCAUCUCGACGACGACGGUCAUUGUAAUUACUCGCCCUGGGGUUUCUGGGAUCUGCUUGCUGGGACUUAUAACAGUACUGGUGAUGAUGAUGAUGAUGACGAUAAUCAUCAUCACGAUCAUUAUAAUGAGGGUUCUGGGCAUGGGCGCUUGGGCUCGGGUGGUGGUGGGCGUGGUGGUGGUAAGGGUGGAAAGGGCGGUGGUAGUAAAUCGAUGAAAUGGGGCCCUACUGUUAGUACGGGCGGGACUCUGUCGAGAAGGUCAUAG